AUGGACUUGACGAGCCAAGAGAGCAUUUCUCUUUGCCAUGAAUCAAUGAAUGGCUCUUGUCCCAAAUACACCUAUCCAGUGGUUAUUCGUAUCUCUCUCUAUGUUUUUUUUGGAAGCUCAGCAGUGCUAACAGUGGUUGGUAACCUGCUUGUCAUCACAACUGUUGUACAUUUCAAACAGCUCCAUACACCCACAAACUACCUCAUUCUAUCUCUAGCUGUGUCAGACCUAUUGUUGGGUGGCUUUGUCAUGCCUCCUAGUAUGAUCAGGUCUAUAGAGUCAUGUUGGUAUUUUGGGGAGUGGUUCUGCAAAAUUCACACCAGCACAGAUGUGAUGUGUUGCACAGCCUCCAUUUUGAACCUGUCAUUAAUUUCUAUUGAUCGAUAUUAUGCCAUAAGCCAACCUCUCCAGUACAAGUCUAAGAUCACUGGCUCUGCAAUAACAGUUAUGAUUUCGAUAAGCUGGGGCAUAUCUGCAAUAGUGGGUUUUGGGAUGGUGUUCCUAGAGCUCAAUAUUUUGGGUAUUGAGGAAUUCAAUAAUAAUGUCACAUGUAUGGGUGGUUGUAUUUUGUUACAAAGUGUUGCAUCAAGUACGGUUUCAUCUUUGUUGUCUUUUUACAUCCCCGGAGUAAUUAUGCUUUGUAUCUAUCUGAAAAUCUUUCUCAUUGCACAGCAACAGGCACGGUCCAUUCUUGACAAAUGUAUGCAAGGUAGGAGGACUGGGAGACAAACCGCUGUGAGUAAAAUGGAAAGGAAGGCCACCAAAACUCUUGCAAUUAUCAUGGGAGUAUUUCUGUCUUUCUGGCUUCCAUUCUUUAUUUGCAACAUAAUUGAUCCUCUAAUUGGGUACCUAAUCGCCCCCUUAUGGUUUGAUAUGGUAGUGUGGAUUGGGUAUUUUAAUUCAACAUUUAAUCCUCUUGUAUACGCACUGUUUUACAGCUGGUUUAGGAAAGCGUUCAGAAUUAUUUUACUUGGAAAAGUUUUUCAGAGGGAUUCAUCAAACACACAUUUGUUUACAGAGUGA